CGUAAAAGCUACACAUAGAGACCUUGUUUUAUAUCUUCCUCACCAACAGUAGUUCUACCAGUGGGCUUUUGACACUUGCAGCUGUUCCAUCAGACGGCACUUCUGCUCAACGCAGCAACCUAUACACCGCACAUUUUCAACUAAUAUAGCGGCCUGCGUGGGCCGCGAAGGCUCCUUGUCCGAUGGCACAAAUCCAGCGCGUGGCGCUGUUCCCGCAUGCAACGUUUCAUAUAGCACUAGCGCGCGUGUUCGGUCUGGGGAAAUCCACCAGCCUCGCCGUGUCCGAGGCAUGUGGCAUCAGCAAGGAUCUCAAGGUCAAGGACGUCAAAGACUCGUACAUCCAGAAGGUCACCGCCUACAUCGAGGCCAACUUCGUGACGGGCGACACGCUGAAGCGCCAAGUGCGCGAGAACGUGCUUGAGGAGGUGGCCAUCAACUCGCGGCGCGGCGUGCGGCACACGCUGGGGCUGCCGGUCUCGAGCGCGCAGACACGUAGCAACGGCGUCAACGCGCGCAAGCUGCGGCCGCUGCUGCUGUAUGACACCAGCCGCCGGUGAUGGCUGGAUGGACAUGGUGCCAUUGGCGUGGAGCAUCUCUCGAACAUGCUGAUGUAAGAGAUGUGCGCUCGGGCACGACUUGUUGACCGAUGUGACUAGUAAAGAUUGAGACGGAGCGAUGCGGUAUCUCGGGCAGUGAGGGUCCUCUAAACUGUGCAGUCUGCGAGUUGUGUGCCUCUUGUGUACUGCUGACCGCGAUAGGCUGCGCUGCACUUGUACAGCACGCAUGACGGCAUGAGGGGGACCGCCCGGUGGUACCGUUUGCCAGCCCGUUGGCUUGCAUGGCAGCAUGAGUCGGCAGCGCGCGGACUGCCGUAGACGCGGGCAACUCCAGACGUGUGGCAGCCUGCACGCAGAUGGGCUAAGCUUGCGGAGAGUGGGCAUGGGCUUACCCACGUGAGAUAACUGCUACCUGCUUCGGCAGGCUGAAGCCUUAAGGGAAACUCUUUCGUUUCCGUGACAGGCACGGUGGAGGUGAAGAAAGCCAACAAGUUGCAUGCAGGAUGCCGGUGCGUGCCGGCCGGUGUCCGUGUGGUGAGGCGGUAGAGCUGGCUGUAGGCUGUAUAGCUGGAUGUGCCCUAGUGAGGUCUGCUUCGGCAGAUUGAAGCCUGAAGCGACUAGCUGGCUCGCGUGAUACGUGAUGGGCUCGCGUGACACGUGAUGGGCUCGCGUGACACGGGCGUGAUGCCGUUGGCCAAGUGUGUGCACGCAGGAUACCGGUAUGUUGCAGCCAGGGAUCCGUGGUGAGGCAGGCGAGAGGCGGUAGCCUGGCCAUAGGUGCUUCAAGGAAGGAAGAUGUGGGAGAAGGAGAGCACCUCUGAAAGAGAGGUGCAGAGCGCAACGCGAUGCAAGGUGUACAGCAUUGUACGUUAGCUGUUGUUUUGUCAAGGGCCCCAGAGGGUUCCCUGGCAUCGCUGGCAUGACACAACGGCACUGACCCGCUAACGGACGGGACGGCUCCCAAGUGGGAAGUGUCCAAAUAGCGUUUGUGCUGAGUUCGCUUGCUCUGGGCUCUGGCGCCCCAAUGCAACACAGAUGCCACAGGCCGUAGAUCUGGAAUGUCAGGUUACGGCAGGCUUCAAAA